AAUUGGAGUUAUUUCCCUUUGUAGCUGACCUUCACUUCCUGCAAUGGUUGAUGGUUGACUUUCUGUUUACCGGUCCCUUGCACUAUGGGCACUGUUCACGCUAAAGAAAUGGAAGGUCACUCACACAUGGAUAAUCCUGCUCCCCGGACUCGCUCAAUUGAUUUCAAGCAACCUGCCAAGGUGCAGAGGGUGUUGAUUGAAGGACUAGUAAGAACAAAAGAAGACUUGCUUAUUCCAAAGAUUCAGGAUACCUUCUCUGCAGAAAACUUUGAAGAGGUGGUGAGACAAUGUGUGGAAUCCAAGGCUCAGCUCCAGGAGCUGGGUAUCUUCAAAACUGUGAAAAUAACAGUAGACACAUGUAAAGCUCCUGGUGCCUCUGUAUCAGAUUAUGAUGUCAAAUUUAUAGUCGAAGAGAAAAGAUUUGAGGGAGGCAUUCAUACUUCUGCAGGAAACAAUGAUGUAGAAUCGUCCUUAACUUUGGGUUUGAAUAAUCUGUUUGGGAGAGCUGAGAAAUUGACAGCAAGAUAUGCACACACCAGAAACUUUAGAAGUAGGAAGAAUAACCAGGCCCAUGUACAGUUCAUGAAGCCACUCAAUGGGAACCCUGACGUCAGGUUGAUCCUGGGAGGGUACAGCACCAACACAGAUGUCCUUCUUAGUGGUUACAAGGAAGCCAGUAAAGGAAUUCAAGCAGCAUUCACAUUCCCAUCGACACUGGGCUCCCACAAUAUACAAUGGGAUGGAGUUUGGAGGGACCUCAGAGCCUUAUCUAGGACUACACCCUUCCCCAUCAGAGAACAGGCAGGACAUACACUCAAGUCAAGUGUACAGCACACAGUCACAUCCGACACAAGAGAUGAUAAAAUACUGCCACAUGCUGGUUAUUUGUUGAAAGCUGUUCAGGAAUAUGCUGGUCUUGGAGGAAAUGUAGAGUUUGUCAAAUUAAAUACAGAACUUCAAGUCAAUAAAGAAAUUUUGCCAUACAUAGUUGUCCAGCUGUCAGCCGCUUGUGGUACCAUGUGGGGCCUAGGAAAAGACAAAAGAGUGACUGUCAAUGACAAAUUUUUCUUGGGAGGUCCGCUGACCCUUCGAGGCUUUCAUGACAGAGGCGUUGGGCCACAUGUGGAAGGUAAUGCUUUAGGUGCUGAUGCUUACUGGCUCUGUGCUGCCCAUAUCUACACACCGCUCCCAUUCAAACCAGGCCUGGGAGGCUUUGGCGACUUUUUCAGGUCUCAUGCUUUUGUAAAUGUUGGAAAUGUUGGUGCAGUUGAAUUAGAUAAAUCACUAAGAGAAAACAUCGAACAGCUAUCUGAAGAGUUCCGGCUAGCCUAUGGUUUAGGACUCGUACUGAAGCUCGGCAACAUCGCACGGAUGGAACUCAACUAUGUUGUCCCAGUACGAUUCAUGAAUGGAGACUGUGUGAAUCCUGGUGUACAGUUUGGUGUGGGGAUGACCUUUCUGUGAUGUCGGGGAUCAUUAUAUCAUUGUGCUAUGCCUCCAUAUGGACAUUAUAUAAUGAUUAGUGUGGCAGUGGCAGCCAUCAACUGGAAUGAGGCUGAAGUGUGAUGGAGAGUCGACUAGACAGCUAUAAACGCUCUCACAAACCUCUUGGGGUAUCUAGAGACUAUAUACUAACCUUUCAUGGCUUCUACACUGUGUUUAAGGCUGUAGGGAGUCUAGAUAUUCAUUACAAUGGGAUUCUUCAGUGUGUUUAUACAAGUCAGUACCCGAAUAAACAGUCCAAUAUUCUACAAUACUGUAACAUUUGUUUGUCAAACCUAAGUACUUUGUGUUUUUUAUUGGACAAAUCAUUGCUUUAAUAUGGCUCGCUUUGACAUUGUUUGGCUUUACAGAAUGAUUAGGAAUUAAUUUGAACUAAAAAGCACCAUUGCACCUUUUUAUGAACAUUACACCUUGUAUGAACAUUACACCUUGUAUGAACAUUACACCUUGUAUGAACAUUACACCUUGUAUGAACAUUGCACCUUUGUUGAAGUUUACCAUUAUUGUUAAUUUUUCUGAUCUGAAGAUUAAACACUUGUAUAUUCAUUUCUAGAUUUGACAGGAAACCUUACGACAUGUGUCACUUAUGAUGUAGGAACUUUGUGUUGAUUGGGUUCAUGUAGACAACAUUAUAUUUUAAUGUAUAUUUAAUAAUUCCAAAUUGUUAAAAAAAAUUUGGACUGUCAAUGAUAAAAUAAUAAAUAUUAAAUAUCAA